AUGCUAACCCUGCUAGUGGUAUUAACGGCUCUAUUAACAAGGGCGGAAGAGCCUGUUUGCAGGCUACAAGGAAGACCAGAAUUGCCUCUGUUUUCAAAGGAUGGAGACAUAGUAAUUGGAGGAAUCUUUUCUUUUCAUGACAACUUUAUAGAUGGCAAACCUGCAUUUAAAGUCAUACCUGAACCAAUUAAUUGCAAAGAUUUAAAUUUUGUUGAAUAUCAGUUUGCUGUAACAAUGAUCUUUGCCAUAGAAGAAAUUAAUAACAGUACAGAUAUUCUUCCUGGUGUUUCCCUGGGCUAUAAGAUUUAUGAUGCUUGUGAUUCCAUACCUCUGGCUAUAAGAGCAACAAUGGCUUUAAUGAAUGGGAAGGAAGAAGAAACACUCUCUGACAAGUCUUGCACCAAACCAUCAACUGCUCUUGCUAUUAUUGCACAGUCUGGUUCAUCACCAACCAUAGGAAUUGCUACAACUGUCGGACCCUUUCACAUACCAGUGAUAAGCCAUUUUGCUACCUGUUCAUGUCUGAGCAACAGGAAUAAGUUCCCUUCAUUUUUCAGAACCAUACCAAGUGAUUAUUAUCAAAGCAGAGCCCUGGCACAGCUUAUGAAGCAUUUCGGAUGGACUUGGAUUGGGGCAAUUAGAACUGAUAAUGACUAUGGCAACUCAGGGAUGGCUGACUUUCUACAAGCUGCACAGGAAGAAGGUCUUUGUAUUGAGUAUUCAGAGGCCAUUUACAGAACAAAUCCAAGAGAAACAUUUGUUAAACUUGUAAACACCAUAAAAAAGUCCACUUCGAAAGUUAUUGUGGCUUUUACUUCUUUCAUAGAUCUUGAAUUUCUAUUACAAGAACUGCUGCUUCAAAAUGUAACUGGUAUGCAAUGGAUAGGCAGCGAAUCUUGGAUAAUUGACAUGCAACUUGCAUCAGAAAGAAAUGAUAAAGUCCUGAGAGGGGCAAUGGGCUUUUCAAUCAGUACAGCAUCAAUACCAGGUUUAAAGGAGUUUCUACUGAACUUGCAUCCUUCUGACAUGCCAGGAAACACUGGCUUGAACGAGCUGUGGGAAGCUGUUUUCAAUUGCAGCCUGAACAAGAAAAACAAGGCUGCACAUAUAAAUCAAUGCACAGGGUAUGAACAUUUAGGAGAAGUUAAUAACCAGUACACUGAUGUAUCUGAGCUGAGAAUUACCAAUAAUGUCUAUAAAGCUGUGUAUGCUGCAGCCUAUUCAUUGCACAGUUUGUUUACAUGCAAAAGUGGUCAAGGACCAUUUGCAAAUAAGACCUGUGCAAACAGGAUGAAGAUUGAACCAUGGCAGGUAUUACAUUAUAUGAAAGCAGUCAAUUUUACUAUGAGGACUGGGGAAAAAAUCUAUUUUGAUGAAAACGGGGAUCCAUCAGCAAGAUAUGAAUUAGUAAACUGGCAGGUGAAUAAAGAGGGAAAAACAGAAUUUGUAAAAAUUGGAAUCUAUGAUGCAUCAUUACCGCAUGGGCAGCAGUUUAUAAUGAAUAACGUCAGUAUUGUUUGGGCAGGUGGUCAGUAUAAGGUGCCUAAAUCAGUUUGCAGUGACAGCUGUCCUCCAGGCACUCGGAAGGCUGUUCAGAAAGGAAAGCCUGUUUGUUGCUUUGACUGCAUACCAUGUGCUGAUGGAGAAAUCAGUAAUACAACUGAUUCCAUUGAUUGUUUGAAGUGCCCCUUGGAAUACAGGUCAAAUUAUCAAAAAAAUCGGUGCGUCUUAAAGGACAUUGAAUUCCUAUCAUUUGGAGAAAUCAUGGGGAUAUUGCUGGUGAUAUUUUCAUUGGUUGGAGCAUGUGUAACCAUAGCUGUAGCUGUUGUUUUCUUUCGUUACAGAGAUACGCCCAUUGUUAAAGCUAAUAACUCUGAGCUCAGUUUCCUCCUUCUGUUUUCAUUAGCACUGUGUUUCCUUUGUUCACUUACUUUCAUUGGCCAGCCCUCUGAGUGGUCCUGUAUGUUGCGCCACACUGCCUUUGGGAUCACAUUUGUCCUGUGCAUUUCUUGUGUUCUGGGGAAAACAAUAGUCGUGUUAAUGGCAUUUAGGUCUACCCUCCCUGGUAAUAAUAUGAUGAAAUGGUUUGGGCCAGCCCAGCAGAGGCUAACUCUUUUUGCAUUUACAUUCAUUCAGGCCUUAAUUUGCAUCCUUUGGUUAAUACUAUCCCCUCCUUUUCCAAACAAAAACAUGAACUCUUUCAAAGACAGAAUUAUUUUAGAGUGUGACCUGGGAUCUGCUGCAGCAUUUUAUGCUGUGUUAGGGUAUAUUGGGUUUCUUGCUGCCAUGUGCUUUGUGCUCGCUUUUCUGGCAAGGAAGCUGCCAGAUAACUUUAAUGAAGCCAAAUUUAUUACAUUUAGCAUGCUCAUAUUCUUUGCAGUUUGGAUCACAUUUAUUCCUGCUUACUUCAGUUCACCUGGGAAAUAUACUGUUGCUGUAGAAAUAUUUGCAAUUCUGGCUUCCAGUUUUGGUUUGCUUUUCUGUAUUUUUGCUCCAAAAUGUUACAUUAUAUUACUGAAACCUGAAAGGAAUACAAAAAAACAUUUGAUGGGUAAAAUCUGA